CUAUCGGUCAUCGAUAUGUAACCCAAUGGGAUUAGCGACCCGUGCAGUUAGGAUUUUUCUCAUUGGCAGCACUGGGGUCAGACAUGUGCGUCAUUGCCGCCAUCAAGCUAAUCAGGUGAGGCACCCCAGGGACCGAGUCAAAGCUAGACAGCCAAACUUGUAGCUGUAUGUGCACCAGUACGAGGUAGCGGAUGACGCGGGAUCUUUUUACAUGACUGUACAUGACUGAGUGCAAGGCUCGGGGAAUACGUCCUCCUAGUAGAGACAUUACGGUCAAUCAUCUUCUGAAUCAUCACUUCGGAGUCGGACUCUUUUUUUCAGUCUUGUCUCCACCCACACCCACCAAUCAAUGACUCUGAGAUAGGGCGCGCCAGUGACGUCAUCCGUUGCCGGGCAGCAACCGUACUGGUGAUCGCGAGCGAGAUUGUUGGCGCCAUAUCUGGUGUAUCGCAUGAUCGCAUCAUCAGUCCGGAUGAUCAUGAGGCGGAGUGUGAGAAGGAUAGUUACCGUCGCCUAGUAUCACCUGACCGAGGCCUGUGCCUGUGAGGCUUAAAUAAGUCCAUGGUUCAUUAAGGGAUUUCUGAUACUCUGGAUUGGAUAACGUAAAGAAUUAAAAUCGUUUAAGUGCCUUAAUGUGUUCCAUUUGCGUUUGAGUAAUCUUCAGUGCAUAGUAGUUCAAUAGCUACAUAAAAAAAAUGGUUCCAAACGGUUAUCUCAGUUUUGAGGAUGAACAGUUUAUAGAGUCAUCUGUGGCCAAACUAAACGCCUUGCGAAAAAGUGGCCAAUUUUGUGAUGUCAAACUCCAGGUUUGUGGCCAUGAGAUGCUGGCACAUAGAGCAGUGCUUGCCUGUUGCAGCCCCUUCUUGUUUGAAAUUUUCAACAAUGACAGCGAGUCACAUGGAAUUUCUCAUGUUAAAUUUGAUGAUUUGAAUCCAGAGGCAAUGGAAGUCUUAUUAAAUUAUGCAUAUACGUCACAACUUAAAGCUGAGACUGAGCUAGUAAAAGAUGUCUACUCUGCAGCAAAAAAACUUAAAAUAGAUCGUGUAAGACAGGUUUGUGGAGAUUAUUUAUUAUCAAAAAUAGAUGCACAGAGCUGUAUCUCUUAUCGGAAUUUUGUGAACGCCAUGGGAGAUUGGCGCUUACUAAGUAAGAUAGACAGUUAUAUCCAGGAGCAUCUUCUUGAAAUUUCUGAGCAAGAUGAUUUUCUUAAACUUCCACGACUUAAGCUUGAAAUAAUGCUUGAGGAAAACAACUCGCUCCCAAGCAAUGGGAAAUUGUAUACAAAGGUAAUCAACUGGGUUCAACGCAGCAUAUGGGAACAUGGAGAGAGUUUGGAAUCCCUAAUGGAUGAGGUACAAACUUUGUACUACUCAGCUGAUCACAAAUUGCUUGAUGGGCAUGCUCUUGGUGGACAUAAUGACAUAUUUGCUGCUGAUGAAGAUGGUAUACAAUUGAUUCAGAAGAAAUCUCCCCGUGAAAGUGAUAAUAGGCACUUGAGCAGCAGCUCUUCUGGGACCCUUUCACCUUCAGGAUUUUCCACACAAAGCCCUAAACAUGAAUGGAAAAUAGUUGCAUCAGAAAAGAAAUCUAAAAAAACGUAUUUGUGUCUCGCUGUCCUCAACAGCACUCUCUGUGUUAUCUUCCUGCAUGGACGUAGCACCCCACUGAGCUCCCCAUUAAGUACUCCUCGUUUACUAAAAAGCUUAAGCCUUGAGAUAAAACCUGAUGACUCAAAUGAUAAAGUAAUGUCUCCUAUGCAUUAUGCACGUUCUGGACUGGGAACAGCUGAACUAAAUGGCAAGCUCAUAGCAGCAGGAGGCUACAAUAGAGAAGAGUGUCUCCGCACAGUGGAAUGUUAUGAUCCAGAGAAUGACACCUGGGUGUUUUUAUCUCCUAUGAAAACUCCUAGAGCUCGUUUUCAAAUGUCCGUUUUGAUGGGCGAGUUGUAUGUUGUUGGCGGAUCAAAUGGUCAUUCUGAUGACCUCAGCUGUGGAGAAAAAUAUGACCCUAAUGCAAACACAUGGACACCUGUUCCUGAGUUGAGAACAAACCGUUGCAAUGCAGGUGUUUGUGCCCUCAACGGAAAGUUGUAUAUUAUUGGAGGAUCUGAUCCUUAUGGGCAGAAAGGGCUUAAGAACUGUGAUGUGUUUGAGCCCUUAACAAGGACUUGGGCAAGCUGUGCUCCACUAAAUAUUCGAAGGCACCAGUCUGCAGUUUGUGAGCUUGACAAUCGUAUGUACAUAAUCGGAGGGGCAGAAUCAUGGAAUUGUCUAAAUUCAGUAGAGUGUUACAAUCCUGAGAAUGACACAUGGACUCUUGUGGCACCUAUGAAUGUCGCUCGUCGUGGUGCUGGGGUUGCUUUUUAUGAUGGAAAACUUUUUGUAGGAGGUGGUUUUGAUGGCUCUCGUGCACUAAGUUGUGUGGAAUCUUAUGACCCUACCAAAAAUGAGUGGAAAAUGAUGGGAAGCAUGACAUCUCCUAGAAGCAAUUCUGGCGUGGUAGCUGCAGGAAAUAAAAUAUUUGCUGCUGGUGGAUUUGAUGGAAAUGAUUUUUUGAAUACUAUUGAAGUUUAUAACAGCAGUUUAAAUGAAUGGAGCCCUUAUACCAAAAUGUGCAGAUCAUAGACAAUGUAUAGUUGCAUCCCUUUCAUAUAGAAUCUGAUCUUGGUGUUUUUCUUAUACCAGCCGUUUUGCAGACAUUCUACUUGUGUUGUAAAUACUUUCGUUUGGCUUGGGAGUAGUAGUACAUUACAGUCCUGUGUUUUUUUGUUUUGUUUUUCCGGGUUUUUUGUUUUUUAAUUGGUAUCAGUGAGAAAUUGAGGAAUCUAUUUACUUUUCAAACACCUGCAAAAAAAAAAAAAAAAAAAUAUAUAUAUAUAUAUAUAUAUAUAUAUAUAUAUAUAUAUAAAUAAAAUGUAUUUUUUUUAUUUAUUUAUUUACAUUUUUUUUCCCCUUGGACUGGUAUGUAGAAUUCCGGUAACUGGUGGUGAUUUGUAAACAUUUUGAAUGUCCAAAAAUUAUUCUCCCCAACCCCCCCCCCCCCACCCAAAUAAAAAACUACUGCAGAGCCUUAUUUUCGUUCGGUUAACACUGGUUUUGUUUAAAGUGCAGAAAUGCCAAACAGCAAAUACUUUCAGAAUGCCUUUUUAUUAAGUUCUUUUGUAAAUUUAAUAUGGGUGGCAUAGUAACCUUGACUUCUUUUUUUUUUUAUGCCAUCAAACAUUCUUUCGAAUUGCUUUUACUAUCAAUACAUUAGAUACUGUGUAUUUAAUAAAAUGUAGGAUCUAUUCUGUAACAUUUGUAAGGCGUUUUUUUUUUUUUUUUUUUUUCCAUUAAAAAUCUUUUUCACUAUUUUAGAAAGUAUUCACCUAUUUAUUCUUCGGCAACUUUUGUAAGGUUAAUGGUCUACCCAGGAAUUGUCUUGAAUUGUGUAAAAUCACAUAUUUAAAAACUGGUUUUUAUGCCAAUUUGCAACCUGUGUAUGAAGCCAAAACUUUUAUGUUCUUUUAACAUCUGUAACUUUUCUAUCUCUGCCAGUGUAAGUAAUUAAAUAAAUUUAACACUUGACAAAA